UGAGCGUCAUCAGCCGCUCUGAGGGCCAAGGCAGAGAGAGCAGGAGGGGGACGCCGGAGCGCCAUGUCACCGACUGACAGCGACUCUCUACCGGGAUGGAGGAGCGGGAUUUAACCGCAGGAGCCGGGCUGUAACCGCCACACAGACAGGUGAAACCACUUCCACCUCCAAACUUCAAACUAGCAAGAUCAGAUUUCACUGCAAACAUGAUGUCCAAGACCACUCUCCUGAAAGUGAUCCUCCUGGGUGAUGGCGGCGUUGGCAAGUCAUCGCUCAUGAACCGCUACGUCACCAACAAGUUUGACUCGCACCUCUUCCACACCAUCGGUGUGGAGUUCCUCAACAAGGAGCUGGAGGUGGACGGCCACCUCGUCACCCUGCAGAUCUGGGACACCGCGGGUCAGGAGCGUUUCCGAAGCCUCCGCACGCCUUUCUACCGUGGCGCCGACUGCUGCCUGCUCACCUUCAGCGUGGAAGACGGGCAGAGCUUCCACAACCUGUCCAACUGGAAGAAGGAGUUUGCUUAUUACGCCGAUGUGAAAGACCCGGACAACUUCCCCUUUGUGGUGCUAGGCAACAAACUGGAUGUGCCCGAGCGGCAGGUGUCGGGGGAGGAUGCGCGGCAGUGGUGCCGCGAGAAUGGUGGCCACCCGUACUUUGAAACAAGCGCCAAGGAUGCUACGAAUGUUGCAUCGGCCUUUGAGGAGGCGAUACGUCGCAUUCUGGCAUUGGAUGACAGAGCCGAUCACCUGAUCCACACCAACACGGUGGACCUGCAGAGGAAGACUCCCCCCGAUCCGGCAUGCUGCUGAGCUGAACGUGUCUCGGUGUGACUCCCAGCUGCAGCUCAUGUGAUACUUCUGCAUUUGCCACAGGCCGUGUGGGUUUGAGUGUGGUUUAUGACUCUGCUAAAAGAGGAAGUUGUGUUACAAACUACUGUAAGCCAAACCCUCACAUAAGCCUUUGAUCAGGAUCUGUAAGCAAAUAUUGAUAGAUAUUUUUUUUAAGACACAAUUUUGUGGCAAUAUUUCAUAUUUUCACCACACAAGGGACGCAAAACUCUCCAACAACCAUUCCACCAACUCUAAUCCAGACUGUAUUUGUGUUAAUUUAUACAAAGCACUAUUGGACAGUUAAUAAAUGAAAUUUAUGAUACA